AUGUCUGGCACUCCUGAUCUCUCGGCGCUGAAGUCGGACCCCAAGUUCGUCUUCUUCACUGAUUUUGAUGGCACCAUCACCCUUCAGGACAGCAAUGACUUCAUGACCGACACGAUCGGCUUCGGCCACGCGCUCAGACGCCAGGGCAACAUUGACACGCUCAACAACGUCAAGACGUUCCGCGAGUCGUUCAAGGAGAUGAUGGACAGCAUCGACAGGCCGUACGACCAGUGCAUCAAGUACCUGGUCGAGAACAUCAAGCUCGACCCCGGCUUCAACGAGUUCUUCAAGUGGUCGCUGGAGAACAACGUGCCCGUUGUCGUGCUCUCGUCCGGCAUGGAGCCCAUCAUCAAGGCCCUGCUCGAACACCUGGUCGGCCCGGACCACGUCAAGAUGCAGGUUAUCGCCAACAACGUGGCCACCCGCGCCGGCAAGAGCAGCAUCAAUGAGAAGGGCGGCUGGGAGAUUGUCUUCCACGAUGACAGCGGAUUCGGACACGACAAGUCGCUUACCCUCCGCCCCUACGCCCAGCUGCCCGAGGCGCAGCGUCCCACCAUGUUCUAUGCGGGCGACGGCGUCAGUGACUUGAGUGCCGCGAAAGAGUCGGAUUUGCUCUUUGCCAAAAAGGGCCACGACCUGAUCCAGUACUGCGUGCGCGAGGACAUCCCGUUCACCGUCUUCGCCGACUGGAAGGACAUCCUGGCCAAGGUCCAGGAGAUUGUUGCGGGCAAGGUUACCGUGCAGCAGGCGGCGAAGGAGGGCCACGAGCAGUUCAAAAACGGGCAGGCGGGUGUCAACGGGCACGCCAAGUAG